AUGAGCGGCUUCCCCACAAACACCUUCAUGCACCCUCAAAUCGGCUCCUUCACAAAAAUUUCCGUCGGAUCCUACUCCUUCCUAAUCCGCCACCCCACCAACACCAGCAAACACGCCACCCUUCUCUUCGACCUCGGCGUGCGCAAAGAUUGGCGAGAAAACUGCCCCACAACAUUCGUUCAGGGAAUCGAGCGCUCGGGCUACAUUAUCACGGUUGAAAAGGACGUUGCUACCAUUCUAACUGAAAACGGUGUGUCGCUUACUGAUAUCGGCGGGAUCAUAUGGUCGCACUGGCAUUUCGAUCACGUGGGCGAUCCGGGGCGUUUCCCGCCUACCACAGAUUUGAUCGUCGGACCGGGGUUUAAAAGGCAUUUUGUGCCUGCAUUUCCGACGGUGCCGGAGUCGCAUGUUGAUGAGCGUGCGUGGGCAGGACGGCAGUUGUGUGAGGUUGACUUUGACGACGCUAACGAAGAGUUCGGCAAAAGGUUGCAAAUAGGCAAAUUCCAAGCCCUGGAUUUCUACGGCGAUGGAAGUUUUUACUUACUCAAUACGCCGGGACAUACGGUGGGACAUAUCUCUGUGCUCGCGCGUACGACGGUUGAGCCACCGACGUUCAUCUUCUUGGGGGGCGAUAUUGCGCAUCAUGGGGAUAUAUUCUGGGUUUAG